GCAGAAAUGAUGACGGAUGAUGAUGGCAGCAGCAGCCGUUCUUCUCUGCUCGAGCUCUGGUUCCCACACCGAGGAGCUUCAUCGCUCAGACUCUCUGUCCCUCUGCUGCUUUCUCUCCCUGCCGGGUCAACCUCAGCGUCUGAAGGGCCAACGCCACACCCAACAGCAGGAUGCAGCGCAUCAGGGAAAGCAUUCACAUUCGCACCAUGAAGGCCAAGAGAAAAGUGGAGGAGAUCUCUAAAGAGGACGUCCAGGCCUUCCUGAAGAAGAACUCCUUUGUGCUCUUCACAGUUGGAGCAGUUAUUGUAGGAAUCGUUCUCGGAUUCGCGCUGCGCCCCUACAAAAUGACCUAUCGAGAAGUGAAGUACUUCUCCUUCCCUGGAGAGCUGCUGAUGAGGAUGCUGCAGAUGUUGGUCCUGCCUUUGCUGAUCUCCAGUCUAAUAACAGGAAUGGCAGCUUUGGACAGCAAAGCCUCAGGAAAGAUGGGCAUGAGAGCCGUGAUUUACUACAUGACCACAACCAUUAUCGCAGUGUUCAUCGGUAUCAUCAUCGUGCUCAUCAUCCACCCGGGAAAAGGCUCUAAAGAUGAGUUUGGGAAGCAGCAGACCAUCGAGCAAGUCAGUCCCGCUGAUGCCUUCCUGGACCUGAUCAGAAAUAUGUUCCCACCAAACUUGGUCCAAGCCUGCACGCAACAGUUCAAAACCAAAUAUGGAAAACGAACAGUUCAUGUGACGGUGACUGUGAAUGACACCCUCUUUAACUCAACCAACGGCACCCAGGAGACCAUGGAGAUCACAAGAGAGGAAGUCAUCCCGGUGCCGGGUCAAGUGAACGGGGUCAAUGCUCUCGGGCUGGUGGUCUUCUCCAUGUGCUUUGGUCUAAUCAUUGGCAACAUGAAAGAGCAGGGCCAGCUCCUGCGGGAUUUUUUUGACAGCCUGAACGAAGCCAUCAUGCGCCUGGUCGCCAUCAUUAUGUGGUAUGCUCCCAUUGGCAUCUUGUUCCUGAUUGCAGGAAAGAUUGUGGAGAUGGACGAUCUGACCCAGAUGGGUGGCCAGCUGGGCAUGUAUACCAUCACGGUCAUCAUCGGCUUGAUGAUCCAUGCUGUUCUUAUUCUGCCCACUCUUUAUUUUGUCAUUACUCGCCAGAACCCCUUCAUCUUCAUCGCAGGGCUCCUGCAAGCUUUGGUAACGGCUCUGGGGACCUCCUCCAGCUCGGCCACGCUGCCAGUCACCUUUAAAUGUCUGGAAGAAAACAACAGAAUCGAUAAGAGGAUCACUCGCUUCGUGCUGCCCGUGGGCGCCACCAUCAACAUGGACGGAACCGCUCUGUAUGAAGCAUUGGCAGCCAUCUUCAUUGCUCAGGUCAACAACAUGGAGAUGAACUUUGGACAGAUUAUCACCAUCAGUAUCACAGCAACUGCAGCCAGCAUUGGUGCUGCUGGCAUCCCUCAGGCAGGUCUGGUUACCAUGGUGAUUGUGCUGACCUCCGUCGGACUUCCCACUGAUGACAUCACUCUCAUCAUUGCAGUUGAUUGGUUCCUGGAUCGUCUGCGCACUACCACCAAUGUCCUGGGCGACUCGAUUGGCGCUGGCAUUGUCGAGUUCCUGUCCCGGCACGAGCUCCGCAGCAGAGAUGUGGAGAUGGGAAACUCAGUGCUGGAGGAGAAGGAGAGAAAGAAACCUUACAAACUCAUCUCCCAGGACAGCGACUUUGAGAAUGACAAACGCGGCCACAGCGAAUCCAACAUGUAGCUCUGAGGUCGGCAGGCGCGCAUGUAGGGUUCCCGACUCCCAGAGCGGGGACCGGAUCUACUGUCAUGACUUCACAUCGUGGCUUUGUUAACAUUCCUUUACUGGUCCAUCCCAGAGGCCAAAACCACAUUAUCCAUCAGUGUGUCACAUAGUUAGCUAGUGUCCGACUUGUGUUUGCUGCUCUAAUUACAGGCUGGGCGUCGGCCAUAUUAAAGGACCCCCAAUAAAAGGAAGUGGGGACAAAGCUCAUCAGUUAAACUGAAAAAUAUAAUCACACUCUGUGGUUUCAGUCACAGACUGUAUAAAAAGAUAGACACAGUCAUCACUAGUUUGACUCUAAACAUGACCUUCAUUAAUCUCACGAUUUAUUAAACACGACUCGGUAAUAAACGAUUCACUGAGGUCAAAGGUGAAGGGAGGAGGAGGGGCAUAUCAACACAUACAUCUGUGAAACAAGAGUUGCUCCCUGUUGGUUGUUACCAAGAAUGAAGUUCCAAUCUUUUACAUAUAGUCUGUGAUUUUGACCUAAUUUAAAAUCCUAAAAGAGUUUCUUUAUCUUCCUGACUUUAGCAUACUGAUAUUGUGAUUAUUAUUAUUUUAUAGCUUAGUGAUACCGCCUCAUGCACACACCUAAACCUUUCCACUCUGUGUGUGAGUCAGCGAGACUCACUGAGGUUUUUAUAAAGUGCUAAUGUACGUUAGACAUGACACAUAAACGUGUUAACGUUAAUGAUUUC